ACACAUGUUUACGUGUGUAAAAGUACGUCAUGCUGCAGCGCAUGCAGUCAAUGGCAAUAUUUUCGGUGCUUUUCCAUGUAGUAACGUAACUCGCGGUGAAAGUGCGAAUGUUGUUACUGUGAAUUCCGUAGAGUGGGACAUAAUUCCGGUGCUGUAUCAGGAAUUAUUCAAUCUGUAAAGGAAACAGUAUUCUUUCGAACGAGAUUAUUACUUUGAUACCCCUAUUACAGCAUGACAUCAACAAUGUGGAGGUCAACGUUGCGAACGUUUGCCAAAAAGAUUCUCCACACCAGCAGUGUGAGGGCGCCCCAGAUCCGCUUCCUUUCGGUGACAACGUCUUACUGUCAAUCCUACUCUCCCAUCGGUAGUCUAGACCAACCCAGAAUCCUCAUUACGGGUGGUCUUGGACAGCUAGGCCAGGGGCUAGCCAAGGUGCUCAGAAAGAGAUACGGGCGUGACAAUGUCAUUCUGACGGACAUCGUUAAACCUCCCAGGCAUAUCGUUGAUGCAGGUCCAUAUGCUUUUGUUGAUGUGCUGGACUUCAGGAACCUUCAGGAGAUUAUUGUCAAUGAGAGUAUAGACUGGAUGGUCCAUUUUAGUGCAGUUCUUAGUGCUGUUGGUGAACAGAAUGUCCCACUGGCCAUCAAAGUCAACAUCCAGGGGCUUCACAACGUGAUGGAGCUGGCCAAGAUGUACAACCUCCGCAUCUUCUGUCCCAGUACCAUCGGAGCGUUCGGACCCCAGUCACCCCGCGAGCUGACCCCCGACCUCACGAUCCAGAGGCCCAGGACAAUCUAUGGUGUGGCCAAGGUUCAUGCCGAACUCCUUGGAGAGGUCUAG